CAACUUUGAAGUAAGAAGUGACAAUUUAUCUGGAUCAAUAAGUAACUUUCUUCGAACGAAAAACCGACAAAUAUCAAUCUAAAAUGAUUAUAUUUAAAUUUACCUUUUUAUUGUGUUUCGAUACGGAUUCGGAAAACUUCAAUGAUAAGAAAAAUAAGGUGAAUUUAGAAAAGAAAGAAACAAUUACUGAGGACGAUGAGAAGAAAGCAUAUGAACUCAGAACUGGAGAAUUAUUGACUUGCUUAAGGAUUGAGUAUGAAUUAUUACCGAAAAAAUUGAAAUACUAUAUUGACAUUACAUGCUGGAGGAAUUUAGCUAAGGUAUCCACUUCUGAUGCUUUUCAUUAUUAUAAAACACUGGAAUCUGGAGAGUGUCUUUGGAUUCCGAUAACCAUUCAUCAUUUCGUAAAAGAAAUAUCAGAAGAAGAGUUGGUAAAUCUUCACUCUCACACGAUCACUUUCAAUAUAAUGACAACUAAAAAAGACGUAACAUCAAAAGUUUCAUGUCUCUAUUGCUGGAAAGAUGAGGUAGAAAAGGAAAAAUGCGUGGAAUAUUUUGAAGCAGAUCCUAAUAAAUCAGAGAACAAUCAUGAAAAAAUCGAUGAAACGACAGAAUUCAUGCAAAUGUCAAACAAAUGUAAUACAUCUGAAGGAAUAGCUUCCUGGUUGAAGUUUAGAGGUAAAACGCAUUGUUACAUGGUGUACGAUACGAUAUCAUCUGUAGAGAAAGGCUAUGAUAUAAAAUAUAAAGAAUUCAUACCACCAUCUGAACUAUCCAUGGAAACAAAAGAAGAAGGUAAAACUAAGUCGAAGAAACAAGAAGAAAAGAAAAGAGAUCCAUACUUUGUAGUUCCCGGCGAAGUAUUUUUCGCAGAUCCAAAACGUGCAAUUUAUAAACUUAGAGAGCCAAAUAGUGUUUUGAAAUUAGGAUAUGCCUUUUUAACUGUGAAAAAUUUGAUGACAAGAGAACAAAAAGCAUCCCUAAGUCCUUUCAUAGUCAAAAUAAAAAAGUUAGAUUGUAUUCCAGUGGAAUUGUUGAAGGAACACGGGUAUAAGGAAUUAUUCAUCUCUUAUGAUAUCCCUUGCUUGGCAAAAUAUGAUUCACCACCAAAACCCACUAGUCGAACUAUUCAUUUCAAUGAAAGCAAUGCCUUUUUCACGAAAGACCUUCCAAAGUAUAAGUACCUACAAUUCAUAAGAACGGAAAGAGUAAGAGUACAUAUAAAUGGAAUUCGUGAAGAACAGAGUGAAAUAGAACCCGCCUUGUUUGGUACAAGGAGAGAAGAUGAGAAUUUCAGCAAAAUUUUGCAGCCAAGGCAAGCCUUCCACUAUUUUCGCAAGAAGGAGAACCUCUCCAAAAUUCAACUAUUGGCGAUAGCAACGUACGAUUUGAGCUCUCUCUUGAAAAACGUAUGGACUUUCAGACAAGAGGCUCCAUGUUAUCACCCUGAUAAUCUUCUGCACGGCAUAACAGAACGAGGUUCAAUUAAAUUAGUUGAUAUAAUUACGAUACCUGAGAUUAAUCUGGCUGAUAUCGACAAAGAAAAGAGCACCAGCCCAUUAUUUAACGGUAUAUUAGCUUCCGAACUAACAACUCUCGAAAUGGAGUUCUGCUUCCUCGAACCUCAGGUUGGCAUACACCAUGCGCCGAACAUAAGAACCUAUAAGCGUUUUUUCAUCACGUUUUACGACUCGAUAUUGGCUCAGCAACUUUUGGCAUCCAUUUUGCAGCAUAACCAAAACCUUAUCGGUAUUGGCGCUGUGCUGGUCGAUCCAGUACAUUUUUCAGAGGAAAAAGUUAAGAUUGAACUUCGUAAGCGCAGACUUUCUGAUAAGCGACAAGUAUCUGACGAAUCCCUGAAGAAUGAACUCAAAGGCAUGCUUCAAGAUAGCGAUGACGUGAUCACUGGUUUUUCCAUCGACAAUGGCAAAGAAGUGCACAUUUUCGUUGAAGGCAUCUCAUACGGUUACAUCUUGGAGGUAUGGAAUAAAAUACACAAAGUGAAUACAUUCACGGCGAAAGUUUUCUUGAACUCUGAAACAGAAUUCGAAAAAAGGAUGUAUCAGAAUUUUAUGGUGGUUGGUAUUUAUCCGAUCACACUGAAGAUGUCUCUGGAGAAAAUAUUUCAGAAUCAAGAUAUCUAUGUCCAAGGAAUGAUCCCAAUACCUUGCUUCAAGGCUCUGAUGAAACUUAGUUUACUCCUGAAAACAGAAACUCUGGGCGAAAUGCUACAACAAGAAUUGUUUCCCUCUAGUAAUGAACUCGUCAGCUUAAAUUUCGAAUUUGGAGUACCACUGAGAUAUUGCGAUAAAUGUUUAUAACAACAUUGCUACUUGAAGAGGUUUUUAAAGAAAAUUAUAUUUUACCAUGGCCCACCACAACA